UUGGUUGUUCACCCAUACAUUCACAGUACCUUUGAUCGAUUGAGCUAAAUAGCUAAUUUCCUCUGCAAUUUUCUACGAAGAAUUCUAGAGAGAGAAAUUCUAGAGAGAGAAACAGAAACAGAAACAGAACCAGAACCAGCCAUGGCGACCUUGACCUUUCCUCCGCUGCUUACUUCGCCUCGCGAUGAUGCUACGCAUCUCUACAAAGCUUUCAAAGGUUUCGGUUGCGAUACGGCAGCAGUAGUUAAUAUCCUUGCCCAUAGGGAUGCAACGCAGCGUGCACUUAUCGAGCACGAGUACAGAGCUAUGUACUCUGAAGAACUUUCUAAACGCCUUGCUUCGGAACUUCGUGGUGAUAUCGAGAGGGCAAUCUUACUUUGGAUGCCUGAUCCUGCUGUAAGGGACGCAACAAUAGUAAGGAAAGCGUUGACUGGUGAUGUCGUUAAUCUGAAAGUUGCUACUGAAGUAAUAUGCUCUCGUACUUCGACACAAGUGCAGCACUUGAAACAAAUUUACCAUGCUCGGUUUCAUUCUUACCUUGAGCGUGAUAUUGAGUCUCAAGCAUCUGGCGAUCUCCAAAAGUUGUUACUUGCCUGUGUUAGCGCAAUUCGGUACGAAGGUCCAGAGGUUGACAGGGCAAUGGCAGAGCAUGAUGCUAAAUCUCUUUACAAAGCUGGGGAAAAGAAGCUAGGAACCGACGAGAAGAUUUUCAUACGCAUCUUUUCUGAAAGAAGUCGUGCACAUUUGGCUUUUGUUUCUUCUGCUUAUCAUAACAUGUACGGGAACUCGCUGAAAAAGGCCAUAAAAAAAGAGACCUCCGGGAACUUUGAGUUUGCACUCCGAACCAUAUUGCAGUGUGCUGAAAACCCUGCAGUAUACUUUGCUAAGGUGCUGCAUAAGUCAAUGAAGGGAGCUGGAACUGACGAUUCAACACUUACGAGAGUGAUAGUAACAAGAACCGAGAUCGAUAUGCAGUACAUAAAAGCAGAGUACCAAAGGAAGCAUGGCAAAACGCUGAAUGAUGUUGUUCAUUCCGAAACUUCAAGUCAUUUCAGGGCAUUUCUUCUCGCUCUUUUAGGUCCAGCUCAUCGCUAGUUGUCCGAAAAAGAAUCAAGCUCCUCAAUAAAAAAAUAAAAUAAAGGCUAUCCUUUGUUCUUCAAGUUUCUGCUUUCUUCUUCUGUAUAUGUAGUAGUGUAUUUUGUUACUUCCACGUGGGAAUGUAGUAAAACGUGUGCAGCGUGGUUUUGGAUUGCAUGUAUGUUUUGUUAUUACUUCCUAAAGAAUAUUGUGUAGAUCUGUCUGAAGUUGUGGAUUGUGAAAAAAAGUUUAAUGAAGUACGUUUUAGUGAAUUUUGA